CAGUAUGAACCUGGUCAUCUUUUAGCCGAGGUACAUCUCUAUUUCUUUCCUUUUUUUGCCUGCCUUUUUGGAAUUUGAUAUCCCUCUUUGCAAAUUGCUACUAUCACAACUGAUGGCUGACCGAGUGCUUGUGAUUGGCAGUGGAGGCAGAGAACAUGCACUGGCUUGGAAACUGGCACAAUCUCCACACCUGAAACAAGUACUGGUUGCUCCAGGAAAUGCUGGUACAGCCAAUGAUGGGAAAAUUUCUAAUUCAGUAAUCUCAAUCAGUGAUCAUGCAGCCCUUUCAACAUACUGCAAAAAUCAGAAGAUUGGCCUUGUGGUGGUUGGUCCAGAAGUCCCCCUUGCUGCUGGAAUUGUUGAUGACUUGGCAGCUGCUGGUGUGAGAUGCUUUGGUCCUACAGCAAAGGCAGCUCAGCUAGAGUCAAGUAAGAGUUUUUCAAAGGCCUUCCUAGAUCGUCAUGGCAUCCCUACUGCAAGAUGGAAAGCUUUCACUAAUGAGGAAGAAGCUUGCACUUUUAUUACUAGUGCAUCUUUCCCUGCUCUAGUUGUAAAAGCAAGUGGUCUGGCUGCUGGAAAAGGAGUGAUUGUAGCUGCUAAUAAAGAAGAGGCCUGCCAAGCUGUGCAUGAAAUAAUGCGAGAUAAAACUUUUGGAGCAGCUGGAGAAACUAUUGUGGUUGAAGAACUUCUUGAAGGAGAAGAAGUUUCUUGCUUGUGCUUCACAGAUGGUAUCACUGUGGCUCCUAUGCCUCCUGCCCAGGAUCACAAACGGUUAAUGGAUGGUGAUCAAGGACCAAACACUGGUGGAAUGGGUGCAUACUGCCCAGCACCUCAGCUGUCUCAAGAUCUGCUUUUGCAAAUCAGAAAUUCUAUUCUCCAGAAAACUAUUGAUGGUAUGAGAAAAGAAGGUAUUCCAUACAUGGGUGUGCUUUAUGCGGGGUUAAUGCUAACCAAAGAUGGACCUAAAGUUUUGGAAUUCAACUGUAGAUUUGGUGACCCUGAAUGCCAGGUAAUUCUCCCGCUUCUUAAAAGUGAUCUUUAUGAGGUUAUGCAAGCAACUAUUGAUAAGAAAUUGUCCAACUGCAUACCCGUUUGGUUUGAAGAUCGUGCAGCUGUUACUGUGGUGAUGGCUAGUGAAGGCUAUCCAGGAAGUUAUGCCAAAGGUUUGGAAAUAGCAGGAUUUUCUCAAGCUAAAGAACAAGGUUUGGAGGUAUUCCAUGCUGGCACAACCUUAAAAGAUGGCACAGUGGUUACCAGUGGUGGAAGAGUCCUCACUGUGACAGCUAUCAAGAAAGAUCUUAUAUCUGCUCUGGAACAUGCCAACAAAGGAGUUGAAAUCAUUCGUUUCAAAGGGGCCAUUUAUAGAAAGGAUAUUGGUUAUCGAGCUAUUGCUUUUCUUAAACAAUCCAGAGGCCUAACAUAUAAAGACAGUGGUGUAGAUAUUGCAUCUGGUAACACCUUGGUUCAGAAAAUUAAACCUUUAGCAGCAGCCACAUCUAGAUCGGGCUGUAAUGCUGAACUUGGAGGCUUUGCUGGCCUUUUUGAUAUAAAAGAAGCUGGAUAUAAAGAUCCAAUUUUGGUGUCCGGUACUGAUGGUGUUGGAACAAAGCUCAAGAUUGCCCAGUUGUGUAAUAAGCAUAACACCAUCGGUCAAGACUUGGUUGCCAUGUGUGUCAAUGACAUCCUAGCUCAAGGAGCCGAGCCUCUCUUUUUCCUUGACUAUUUUGCAUGUGGGAAACUUGAUGUCAGGAUGGCUCAGACAAUCAUAGCUGGAAUAGCAGAAGCUUGUAAACUAGCAGGCUGUGCUCUCCUUGGCGGAGAAACUGCUGAAAUGCCUGGCAUGUAUCCACCUGGAGAAUAUGACCUUGGGGGAUUUGCUGUGGGUGCUGUAGAACGAGGACAGAUGCUCCCCCAACUUGACAAGAUCACUGAAGGAGACGUAAUUCUUGGAAUUGCUUCCUCUGGUAUUCACAGCAAUGGGUUUAGCCUUGUGAGAAAGAUUGUUGAAAAAUCCUCUUUAGAUUUUUCCUCUCCUUCAGUGGGUGACUGUCCUGAACAAACACUAGGAGAACAGUUACUCACACCUACUAAAAUCUACAGCAAGAUUCUUUUGCCAGUACUUCGUUCAGGUGAUGUGAAGGCAUAUGCCCACAUUACUGGAGGAGGGCUGCUUGAAAAUAUUCCUCGUGUCCUGCCCUCAUCAGUUGGUGUAGUUCUAGAUGCCUUGUAUUGGAAGAUACCCAGCAUCUUUUCCUGGCUUCAGAGAGGAAAUCUAUCAGAGGAAGAAAUGGCACGAACAUUUAAUUGUGGCAUUGGUGCAGUCCUCAUUGUACAGAAGGAACUGGCUGGGAAAGUCCUAAGUGACAUUCGGAGACAUGAAGAGGCAUGGUUGAUUGGAAUUGUGCAUCAUCAAGCAGGUUCUGCUCAUGUUGAAGUCACAAACUUGCUCCAAGCCUUACAAGCAAAUAGAUUACAAUCCUCGCACAGCAAAACAAAUAAAAAUGAGCCACGCAAAACAAAUGGCAUCCUCAUCUCUGGAACAGGUACUAAUAUGGAAGCUCUGAUUGCCAGAAAGAAGCCAAACAGCUCUGCAGAAAUAGUAGUUGUUAUUUCUAAUAAGGCUGAUGCAGGAGGACUUAAAAAAGCAGAAAGAGAUGGAAUUCCCACAAAAGUAAUUAGCCACAAGGAUUACAGCAAUCGUAUAGAAUUUGACAAUGCUGUUGAUCAAGUCCUGAGAGAGUUUUCAGUAGAACUGAUUUGUCUUGCUGGAUUUAUGCGCAUCUUAUCUGGCCCUUUUGUUAACAAGUGGGAAGGAAAAAUUUUGAAUGUUCACCCUUCUUUGCUGCCUUCAUUUAAAGGAUCUAAUGCACAUAAACUAGUCCUGGAGGCUGGAGUCCGUGUCACUGGCUGUACUGUGCACUUUGUGGCUGAAGAAGUUGAUGCUGGAGCAAUAAUAUUUCAAGAAGCUGUUCCAGUGAAGAUUGGAGACACAGAGGAAAUUCUGUCAGAAAGAGUGAAGGAGGCAGAACACAAAGCCUUCCCAGCUGCUAUGCAGUUAGUGGCAAGUGGAGCAGUUCAAUUAGGAAGAGAUGGGAAGCUAUGCUGGAAUUUGGAAAAGCAUAACUAAAAAAUAUAGGGUAUACAGCAACAAUUCUGGGGCAUAUUUUGCCUUCUGCAUUUGGCAUGGGGCAGCAGGAUUUAAAAUCUUAACCAAACAACUCAGGCCAAUAGAUCCCAAAAAUUAAAGGAAUGAACUUGCUGAAUUAUACUCAAAAUAGAACUAAAUGGAGAUUGGUCUAAGUGACAAGGCAUUUGUGUGAUUAGUCCAUCCACAGUAUAACUGGUGGUUAUCCAAAAACUAUGGGAAGAACUGCUUGCCACAAACUGCUGGUCAUCUUGCCUGUCUGUAACCUAUCACAUAAUUCUGCUUCAAGACGUCAGACUCUAUGUUGAACUCAGGCCUAAGAAAGGCAUCACAAAAAGAAUAGGUCAUAAUCACAAUUAUGAAUUAAGUAUUUUAAAAGUAUUAAUGAUAGUUCUUCCUACUAAAUAUUAAGGUAAUUCUGAAUCAAGUUCCUUCAUUGUUUUUCCAUAGUAAUACUAUCAAAAGUUUUUGUUUUGUAAUCCUCUACUAAAUACUCUGAACAAAGCAGUAGCAGUAUUAUUUUACAAAGCAGUAUCAUUCAAUACCAAUAUCUCUAUGUAACUGUCCUAUGUGAGAAAAAAUUUUCACCCCCUUUUCUAAAUACAUUGUACGUGAAACAUACAAAUGGUACAUUUUUUCCAUUAUAGAAUCAAGCAACAAUCUUUUUUCAGGUUAUUUUAAU